AUGAAAGCGUGUCUUCGUUCACGAGAUGGAAGCUGUCUACACCAACUCCGGCACCCAAUCACAACAAUAGGAUGUGAAGGCAGCGCUAGCGAUGUGAUUAUUCAGGUUAGUAACGAUUAGCUAAAUAAUUAUUAUGAUCUCUGUUAGUUUUUCAAAAUUAGAAUAAUGUCGAGACAUACCGAUAGAGCAGUGAUAACUUCUAAGGAACUACAACCGUCUUAUUUAUUGACUGAAUCUGUCAGUACACUUAGCAAAAGUUUCGAAAAAGUAAGCUUCGUUUUCUUCGCUCUUGAAUAACUACACAGGUCACUGAGUCGCAAUUUUAAGCUGCUAAUUAACUUAGUUAAACAGAUAUAAGGUUCGAAAUUGUCUUCAAACAAACUUCCAUAGUACUUUUUUUUUCAAUAGCUGUGAACCACCUCGAUAUACGUGUUAAAUUUUCUCUAGGGUCUUUGAUCACAUUGAAGCGUAGCAUUUGGUUGCUCCGAUUGUUGUUGAAAUACGCCUCGGAUACUAAUUACACACGAUUGGAAACACCACUUAAAUCUUCAAUAUCAAUUCACAGUACAGUACUUCUUUCAAGAGCUCUUAUUAAAGAUGGCAAGAAUUUUCAACUUCAAUUCAAUUUAUUUAUUUCCCACUUCAAAAUCUAACCAACCUAGUCCUAACUUGACCAGUUAUUUAGUUUACAUCACAUGAUUCGGUGAAACCUCCUUGAUAUGGACACCAAAGGGACAGAAUCUAUUGUCAUAUUACAGAGGUUGGAAUUUUUCAUUGCAUAUAAAAUCUAUUCUCAGGUUAAACUAAAGAAUUUUCUCUGUAUGCUAAUUGCAUGGUUAGGGUCAGGUAACAAAAUAAAACUACAGUGUUUACUAACCAGGUUUCACCUAAUAAUAAUAAUAGUAAAAAUAGAACUUUUUUUUCGAGGGUAGCACUUAAUAUCUCUCGAUAAUGUACACAUGGCCCUCAGAAAAAAAAAAUGCAAUAAUCAAUCAAGAAGCUAUGAUUUAUAGGUGAAAAUUUUAAGAUAAACGAAGCUAUGAUUUAUAGGUGAAAAUUUUAAGAUAAACGAACUAAGGAAUUGCUAAGGAUUGUCCAUUACAAUUUGCAAACUUCAAUUCGCUUAAGUUUGCUUUUCAAAGAUGUCAAGGUAGAGUCUUUCAACUGCUCGGGAAGUCUGUUCCACAAGCUUGCAGCACUGAACACAAAUGACCGCUGUCCGAUGAUUGUUUAAUUCUGGGCAACUUUAAAUUUCUUUUGCACUGAAUCUUAAAAAUGUCUCUGCCAAUUGUAGCUAGGCAGCAGACCAUUUAAUGCCUUAAAAACCAUCUUUGCCUAAAGUUUUGUCACUCACUGUUGAAAUGAGAGAAUGUUAAGAUCGCUAAGUAGACAACAACAACAAUAAUAUUAAUAAUCUGUAAUGAGGGUGCAUUACUCGCAAAAGGAUUGUUGUGUGAUAAGGAAAUAAAUAUGAAAAUCGGGAAUGUCCAUAUAUCCAUCAUGGCACAAAAGGAGGGGGACAAUUCUGCAAUUGUGACGAGUGCCAAGCGUGCAUUGUUGUAUUUAUUAUUAAGAUUAGGGUUACAUAAGGUGUCAACGUGAAUAUUUAAUAAGCAGGAUAUUUAAGUUACUUCUUGUCUUAUUAUAGAGAGCUUUUUUAUUUCCCUCAUAUCGCUGUCUCUCAUAAGUGUUUCAUGAUGUCAGGAAUAUUGUAGGGAACCUACGUGUUUUACUUUUUACUUGCGAUGCUGGGAGGCAAUUUAGGGGCUGGUGCAUUGCCGAAUUCGUCUGCAGAUACGUCGAAUGUUAGAGGUGCUUUGUUUGCUUUACCACCACCUCCACCGCUUGAUAUUCAUGAUUCAAACGCAGCAGAAAAGUGGAAGGAGUUUGAGCAAGCUUGGAAGAAUUACUCGAUUGCCAUGAAGUUGCCUCAGGAACCCGAAGCCAUACAAGUUGCAACAUUCCUUUCUGUAUGUCGGAGCUGAAGUGCAGAACGUUUUCGCUAUGUUUACAGAUUGGGCGAGUGACACCUACCAAAACAAGAUUCAGCCUGUGUUACAAAAGUUUGCAGUGUACUAUCGGCCACUUAAAAAUGUGCCUUUCGAAAGAUAUAAGUUUUAUUCUAGAAUGCAAGAAUCGGGAGAGUCUUACGAUCACUAUCAGAAAGCUCUUCGACAGUUAGUGGAAAGAUGCGAGUUCGAAUCGAUUUAACCCCCAAUCAGAUUUUACGUGACAAGCUCGUGUUUGGAAUUCGCGAUUCAAAGGUUCGUGAGAGGCUUCUUCAUGAGAAGAAUUUGUCGUUGGAGAAAACUGAUGAGAUUUGUCGUUCUCAAAAGACCUGCAUGGUACAGCAGAUGAGGGUUGUCGGCGAUGCCAGUUUAAGCGUUGCAGAUGCCGGAAAUGUGAAUGCUGUGUCUAAAAAGCCUAAAAGAGGGAAACGUAGGCACAGUCAUGGCUCAAGAAAUGCUAACGCGUAAUAGUUGUGAAUUUUGUGGACGUGAGCAUGACUUAGCGAAGCGUGAGAACUGUCAAGCUUUUGGAAGGAGCUGCAAUAAGUGUGGCAAGAAAAAUCAUUUCGCGAGUGUAUGUUUUGGACAUGCGCCAAAGCCCACGACUCGCACGCAUCCUGUGUAUUGUUUCAAAGAUGAGCUUUCAGACGAAGUUUUUGGAGUGGAAGGAAUGUAACGUUGGAUGAUUCUCAACUGGUAACGCUGAAGUUAGAAUCUGCAAAUUAUCUUCGUUUUCAGCCCGAUACCGGAGCUCAGUGCAAUGUUACCCCUUUGCAUCUAUACAAGAAAACCACUAAGGAUGUUGAUUUGUGCAAUGUGACCCCUGUCAAUAUGGCGAUCAUUUUGUAUGGUGGUUCUUCAAUUCCUAUCCUCGGGACAGGUCAUUUACGUGUAUGGCGUAGAGAUUUCAGAUGCCUGCUUGACUUCAAUUUGGUUGACAGCAAGAAAGUCAGACCUAUUCUUGGCAGGAAAGCGUGCCUGGGAAUGAACAUUAUCCAGUAUCUAGACAAGGACCAGUUAAACCGACCACACGAGUCUUAUGGUGAAGUUUAUAUACAUGAUGUUCCGGCCAGUUCCCCGAUCUCCACUGACCAGCUGAUUAAGAGCUUUCCUUGUGUCUUCGCUGAUGGCGUGGGUGCACUUGCGGGAGAAUAUCACAUAGUGCUGGAUGAGUCAGCUAGGCCAGUUCAACAUCCUCCUCGCAGAGUUCCAGUUGCGAUCCGCAAAUGUCUUAGAGAGACCCUGGAAGAUUUAGAGAAGCAUAUGCGUCGCGCAUGUUGACUGACAAGAAAGUAAAUUACGCCCAUAUAGAGAAGGAGUUGUUGGUGAUUGUCUUCGCGUGUGAGAAGUUAUGCAUACAUUUAUGGCUGUGAUUGUGUUCGAGUGCAGACAGAUCACAAUCCCCUCAAGUCCAUUUUCCAGAAAGAACUUUGUACAGCCCCCAAGCGUCUUCAGAGGAUGCUGCUCAGGCUGCAAAAGUACAGUCUGGAUGUCACUUACCUGAAAGGAGAGAAGAUGUUGGUUGCAGACACUUUAAGCCGUGCCUAUUUGCCUGAAGUCAAUUCCUGUAUUUUGUUCGGGAGCUGGAAGAGGUUGACCACAGAGCUAACUUACCUGUAAGUGACGAGCGUUGGCAACAGUUAACCCAUGUUUCGGCUGAUGAUCCAGUUCUGAAGCAGUUGCACACUGUCAUUCAAUGUGGCUGGCCUGAGAGAAAGUCUGACAUUCCUAUGUGUCUUCGACCCUAUUUUGAUCUACGUGAGGAGCUGAUUGUUCAAGGUAACUUAAUUUUCAAGGACCGUCGUUUGGUUGUUCCAGGUUGUAUGCCCAAGGAACUAAUGUCGCUGGCUCAUGCGACCCAUAUUGGUAUCGAGGGUUGUUUGUGGCAGGUUUGAGAAUACCUCUUUUGGCCUAUGAUGGCGUCUGAUGUCAAAGAUUAUGUUUCCAAGUGUGCCAUCUGUUUGGCUCAUCGUACGUCCCAACCUAAGGAACCGCUUCUUCAACACAAAAUAGCUCCAAGACCAUGGGCCAAGUUAGCCGCUGUCCUGUGUGAACUGCAUGGGCAUACUCUUUUAGUUGUUUUUUAUUACUUUAGCAACUACAUCGAAGUGGCGCAUCUUUGCUCUACCACAAUGCAAGCUGUUGUUCAUGAGUUGAAGACUAUGUUUGCGCGUUUUGGGAUUCCUGAGAUCCUGGUUACAGAUAAUGGGCCGCAGUUUUCUUCUAAUGAGUUUCAAGUGUUUGCAAAGAGUUGGUCUUUCAAUCAUGUCACUACAUCGCCUCGCUACCCUCAGUCAAAUGGCAAGGCUGAGAAUUCUUUGUGGACAGUGAAACGUCUGUUUCAGAAAUGCAAAGAAACCAGUGUGUCAGAAUGUCAAGCUCUACUUCACUUUCGAAAUACACCUCCUGAGGUAAUAGAUACCAGUCCUGUGCAGCACCUGAUGAGUGGUCGAUCGAUGUCGUACACUUCUGCCAAUGUCGGAGUCUCUUUUAAGACCAAGUUAUCCACUACACGGUGAUGUGCGUGCGUUGGCCGUAAGGAAAUGGCGCCAAAAGAAUUAUUAUGAUCGGCAUGUGAAGCCUUUAAAGUUCAUCAACCUUGGUGAGUCUGUGUGUGUGAGGCUUCCUGGUGAGAAAGUUUGGUCACCUGCCAAGUGCGUGGGUUUUGCUGGUCAGCGCAGUUACCUGGUAAAGACUGGUGAUGCUGUUUACUGUCGUAACCACCGUGCCAUUUGACUUGCUGAGCACAGGAGAACCUCCUGUUACUGAUCAGUUUGAUUUGCCUGUUACCCCUCAGUCCAGUCGCAGUAACGCAGAAUCCCCCGGAGGAAAUUUGCCUCCACCUGAUGUACCUGAGUCAAGUGUGCACUCUGUUCCUGAGUUAGUGCCAACAUCGAACAAGGUCGACAGGAAAAUCCAUCUCCUGUGCCCUCUUCUGUGCCGCCAACUAAUCUUUGAUGAUCGCAGAGAGAAAGAAGGCCCCCGAAAAGAUUUCAAGACUUUGUUGUAAACUAACGAAAAGAUUUCAAGACUUUGUAGUGUUUUGGUAUACAAGUUUAAGAGGGAUAAAUUGAGCUGUUUGUUUAUGUAUUCUAUUCGCGUUAUUCUCUUUUGUAAGAGGGGAGGUGUGACAAGUGCCAAGCAUGCAUUGUUGUAUUUAUUAUCAAGAUUAGAGUUACAUAAGGUGUCAACGUAAAUAUUUAAUAAGCAGGAUAUUUAAGUUACUUCAAUUCUUGUCUUAUUAAAGAGAGCUUAUUUCCCUCGUAUCGCUGUCUCUCACAAGUGUUUCAGCAAUACCAUUAAAAAAUUGGCAAUGCCAUGUCGAAAGGAAUCGACGAAAUGCCAAUACCGCAUUAUGAUUGGUUACGCUUACUUAAAGUAGUAUCCAUCUCACGUGUUUGUUUAUCUCAAGCAUGUAUGUACCAGCAAUCAACCUCUGAUCAGCCGUUGCAAGAAAACAGGAGAAGACCUCGACGUGAUUGGCAUAACGAUCAAAAGCCCAGUCACUGGAUGCACUACCAAUUUCAUCAUAGAUUAACUGUCAGAAAUUGUGUAGUUAUUAUUUAGCAUUAAGUCUAAAGUCUUAAAAUAUUGACCAGCAUUGGACAUAAAAAUCUGAAUUACAGAUCGAAAUACCGCUUAAAAAAAAAGAGCUUUAAAUACCAAAAACCUCCAUGUCCCCCUCCAAAAUGCCAUGACAAAAACUUAACUUCUUGUGAAAGAUGUAAUCAAUAUAAUUCCCUGCAUAUUUAGAGGGUUACAGUUACAACUGAUUGUAACUUCCAGGUGCCCAGUUGCAUGUAUGGAAGGCAAUGAAAUUUACAGUGUAGUACAAGUUUACCUUUUUCCUUUAUUUUUUCGUUCAUUUAUUUAUAUAUAGUGUUCUAACGUGGAGCGGCAGCAUGCCGUUAUAGAAUACAAUGAGGCAGAGGGUUGUUUUGUGGUUCAAGAUCUAAACUCAGCUCAUGGUACUUAUGUAAACGAUUGUCGUGUACAGAAUGCAGCUGUGAGACUUGCCUCCGGUGAUGUAAUAAGGUUUGGAUUUGGUAUCCUUUUAAAAAUGACAACAACAGUAAAAGAAAGUCUGUGGUGAGUGUAGUCCUAAUUAAUGCCCCAAUAUGACUCAGCUGUUGACAGUGACUGACGUUUCAACAACCUUGAGUCAUAGUCGGAGUCGAAGUGAGUUGUAUCUUUUCAGUUGAUGAUAUGUGAUAUUUUGCUCAAAUUAUAUAGUUAAAUGAAUUUAUAGUGCAUACCUUGUAUUUAAUUACACAACUUCCUUAACAUGCAUACAACUAAACAGGAAAUGCAGGUUUUGAAUUUCUUGUUGAUUCAUCCUCAACACUUCAUUACCCAUCCUUGGGUCUGUCUAAGCCAUGGGAAUCAUACAGACUCCGUGUUCUGUCAUCACCAAUGGCAACAUUACCAUCAGGUGGAGUCACCUCCCUUCCUUAUAUCAACACUGUGACACCAGUGAGUACUGAUGGUGUACCACUGUAUACAACCACUGAACCAGUCAGUUUGCCUGGGACUGGUGGCUCAGUAUAGAUAGAUAGAUAGAUAGAUAGAUAAUCUUUAUUUAUCCACGGUACAAAAUUCGUCAGCUUUAAAAAUGCCUAAUACUAAUAUAAUAAAAAUAUUUAAAUAAAAAGGCUGCUUUCCACGAAUGCCGUGCCUUACAGUUCUUUGAGUAAUCGUUUAAAUUGCCCAAGGGACUCUGCUUCCCUUAAGUUACAAGGAAGACUGUUCCAGAGAAUGGCGCCACUAUAGCUGAAGCUGUUUUUGUAAUAGUUUGUGCGCGGUAAUGGAACAUUGGUCCUCCUGUUGCUAGAGGUAACUAUCAUCAUCAUUAUCAUCAUUAUUAUCAUCCAGCCUUUUCAGUUGGGAUGCUGUGAAUAAUGAUCUUAUUCCAUGCAUUCCCGUCUGACAUCGUACUCGCAAGGUCUUCCCUGUUAAUUGCGGAAUUUCUUAAGAUCAUAUCAGUGAAUGAACACAGCCAUGCACUUAAUUGGUUUCUGUAGAAGAAGGGAUUGAAUGAUUGCCCCCUAAAACUAUAAUAUACAAUAUUAUAUGAUAGUGCAAAGACAGGGGAAAGGAGUAACUAAAAAAAUGUUUAAGUGAAUUUGGGCAGCCAAAGAAGAAUAUUACAUUUCCGUUAGCAAGAAAUUUAAGGAGAUUAGUUCAAAAGUAAGAAAUGAGAGGAAAUAGGGUUUUCAGGAGAAUGUUCACCAAAAACGGUACACUGCCCUGUAUACUAUUUAGGAAUACACUAAUCAAUAUUACAUUUCCGUUAGCAAGAAAUUUAAGGAGAUUAGUUCAAAAGUAAGAAAUGAGAGGAAAUAGGGUUUUCAGGAGAAUGUUCACCAAAAACGGUACACUGCCCUGUAUACUAUUUAGGAAUAGACUAAUCAAGUUGGACAUUUUUGAUUGAAAAUGAAUUUCUGAAUAUGACUGGACUAGCUAGUCUGGCCAGUCUGCAGUUCUGCUGGAGUUAAAGUUACAAAGAUUUGUUUAUUUUGGUUGCUUAUUUGCUUUAUUUGCAGUGGGUUUUCAUGGUUUCAUUUAAGACCAUUUUUAAAAUGAAAUCCUUGCAGCAAUUUUUUGGUAGCUUUUACUACACUCAGACUAAACCAUAUGAAUGUGAGAAUUUUAACAAAAAGACAUAGCAUGGAAUAAGGGCAAUUACAUGUAUGCAGUAGUAGUAGUAGUAGUAGUUCUUACUUAUGUUUCUUUAACAUUGUAUGCUAACAUUAAGGGCACUGCAAAAUCUCUGUGUUACUUUCCUCUAAAGCAUUCAUAGGCGGGAGAGGACGGGGGUUAGGGAGCCCAAAAGGAUGGGCUGCAGGAGGGAUGUGAGUGGGGAGGGGGGUAGGGAAGGAUAGACUGCAGGAGGGAUAUGAGUGGGGGGGGGGGUAGGGAGCCCAGAAGGAUAGGCAGCAGGAAGGAUAUGAGUGGGGGGGGGAGCCAAGAAGGAUAGGCUGCAGGAGGGAUAUGAGUGGUGGGAGUUCAAAAACUGCUGGAAGUCAGAGCUUGCGUGUAAUAUUUUGCAAUUGAAAAAAGUCUAAAGGGAGGAAGCCCUGGGGAUGGUACUCCCUUUUAGAAGCCAUAUAGGUAUGUACUGCCUCAAAGGAUAGGGUUAUUGGGCCGUUUCAGUCUGAAAAAGGGUAUAGACUUUGCACAUUUUGGUCUGGAACCAGGAAUGGUUUUCAAGGGAACUACGGGAGUGUAUAAACGUAUUUGUCAUUUUAAUUCCAAAUGAACAAGAAAGCAGGAUAACAUGCGAAUUUGAAAUGGAUUUUAAACAAAUGUAAGUAAUUUUAGGUCUGAAAACGGGUGUGGAUAAUGAAAGUUUUUGUCUGAAAUAAGAUCAGGAUUUUAAGAACCGGGUGGCACAUCCCCACCAAGAUUUCCCAGAAAUACCCCACAGGGGGAGGAAGGCAAGAAAAAAGGGGCAGGGGCCAGUAAUGCAAGGUAUGGGAGGUAGGAAGUUUAGCACCCCCUCCUGUCCCCCCUGAUAAUAAUGCUGAGACUUUCAUGUUAAUUGUCUCCUGAAUUUACAGGUGGAUGGAUUAAUGGUCCAGUGCAGAUAACAGGGGAGCAAAGCAUUCAAGAUCUGGUAAGCUUCUUUGAGGUGCAGUGAAAUUUGUUGUCUCAAAACCGUCUAGGGGGGUUGAUGGUAUGUAAGCUGGGGAGCCAAGCUUGGUGGGAUGUACUCCCUAUGAUGGCCUAUACAGGGAGGCUUUGUGUGAAAGGGGUGUCUUUUUCAGCCAUCAGGUAUAUGAAAGGGUAGGGACUUCACUCGUUGAUUUGUAUUAAAGGGUAGAGAAAUCUGUCAUCUGGGUCUGUAAAAGGGCCCCAAAGAUCUAACAGAUGAACUUUAUGCCUUUAUAAAGUCGAGAAAACGUUCUGUUGGGGAUGCAAACUUCUAAACAAAGUUUGUGAAAGGGAUACCAUUUGUCAAUAGGGGGUAUACGAAAGGGGUACCUUUUUCGUGAAAAAUGGUAUAUAAAACGCAAGGGGUUUGACCUCGAAGUGGAGCCUCCCCGUAUAAACACUUGUUCAGUACACCCCCCCUCCCUCCUGGAAGCAAAGUCCUUGUGUAGAGCUAUGAGGUAUUUGGAAUGGUUUUUGGGGAGGGCACGGAUGCUAUAGAAAUAUCAUGUUACCUGGUAGGCUUAUUAAUCGUUUAAAAUUGUCUCACAAAAGUCUUUGUCAUUGAUUGCUUUGUUUCGACUGCAUACUGCUGGUCAGGUGAUGGUGUCAAGUAAGGACCAUAAUAAUGUUAGUAAUGUAUUUCGUAAUUGCUUCAGCUUGGUGCAUUAUGGAAGCCACAAUGUAUACUGAAUAUUUUUCAGGACAAAGGCUUAGCAUGGACCCUUUUUUUACCUUGAAAUUUAUUUUUUUUACAGCGUAUAGGGUUCUCCAUUUUAGUGUAAAAAAUUGAAUCAAUUUUGUCUGCUUACUUUUCCGACUAAAUACCCGCAGAAAUUGUUGUGUCACAACUUUCCAAAUCUUAUCCUUAUCUUGACUAUCUUGUGUUACAGUUUGUUUUUGUUUUUAUUUUUAUUUUCUCCAGGAGGAACGUCUGUUACGCAUGGGUGAUGAACUCAGCCGACUAGCUUCAUACGAAGCAGAGUGUCAUCGUAAAGAUGGCGUCAUUGCAGCUCUGAGAGAUGAGGUUGUUGAUCUGAAAGGAGCUCUGCAGUCAAGUGGCAGUUUCAGGUACAUUUGCUCUUGUUAAUGUCCACUUAAGACAGUGGUUAGCUUGUUCCAGGCUCCGAGAUGGUCGGGUCCGUAACAAAGCGCGAAUGCGAAAAUCAAACGGGAGGUAAGCGCCUUUUUCCAGAUCAUGCGCUCAUCAUUUUCGUGCGCCUUUCACUUACGCGUCAUCCCUACCACAUCUGAUAGUGCAAUGAUCUGAGAGCCUGGAACAGGCUAGACAGUGAGUGAUCCGCCUUCAUAAAGAUUUUAUUGCAAUUUGUUCUGAAUAACCUUUACAAAGUUGUUGAAAACGUAGAUCAGAAACCAUGGUGGUGUAAUCUUGUCGGGUUGAAAGUGGUUCUUUGCAGUCAAUGAAGUAACUAACAACUGAUACAACUUGGCAAUGAAAAAGACCAAAACCAGCUAACGUCACUUUUGUCGAAUUGGUAUCCGCAUUUGACGAAGUGACGCAUACCUUAAUGAUACAUCUUUUGUUUCUAAUUCUGGUGUGUCGUUCUAGUCACCAAUAAAGUGACUGGUUUUGAGCAAAAUACAAAUUGCCUUUUGGAGUCCUUUUUUAAACAUGUUUCACCUAUAUUGAAACGCGGUUUCUAUUAUAACAGGAGACUCUCUUCCUACCACACUGACUACUGCCUGUGUACGGUCGCUAGAUUCCAGAAUUAUUCUCUUUUGAUUUGAGCCAUGAUUCGGCAAAAAAUGGUUAAUUCUGAGGUCACUAACAAAGCAACAUGAAACUCCUAAGUCAUGAAAUUGCAUGUAGAAGUGAUGCAAGGGACUCCUUAAUGAAAAUGAAUCGGGUAAUUGCUGUCUCUUUGCUAACGUUAAGUUUCAUAGCGCACUAACACAAUGAACUAGCUAGAGUCUCCUCUCCUUAAGAAAACCCAGUGAAAAAAAACAAAACAACAACUCGUCAGGUUUAUCAAGCGUUUUGGUCCGGUUGUAGCCGCCCACGGCUUACUGCACGACAACAACGUGACAUUCUCUAAUGCAACGUUUUAUGGGGUGUUAACCCGUAAGCUGAACAUUCGUUAAGGAAUUCUACUCUUGGUAAAGUCACCUGUAUUUCACAUACUGAACAAUUUGGAAAAAUCCGGUGACAAUUCGAUGUUUGAAAGGGUGCGAAAAUCGUCUUAUUGGUAAAUCUUUUCUACUGUCGCCUUUGUGAUUGCUAAGCGAUUGCAAAGCCGCUUGUGAUCACUUUAAACAAUCAAAAUGCCGUUUUAAAUCAUUUCACGACCAUUAUGUGAUGCUUUCUAUUUUUACUAUCAUGAUUAUCAGAGCUGGAGGAGAGGAUUCAGCGUUUUCUAAUGCAAGCAUAAUUCAUCAGCUUCGUGAGCAAGUAUCACAGGUGCAAGCGAUUGUACAAGAGAAGGAAGAAAACGAGAAGGCAGCAGCGCAGAAACUAGGGAUGUACCAGAAUCAACUGCACGCCAAAAACAAUGAAGUUGCUGCUUUAAAGGACCAAUUACAGGCGCAGGUAAAUUGUCCUAAAUAUUGUCAGUGGAGAUACUUUCCAUGAUGCCUAUACGGGGAGGCCCCGCCCAAAAGGGGUACCUUUUUCAGGCUUCGGGUAUAUGUACAGGGUAAGGAUUUCGUGAGUUGAAGUAUAUGAAAGGGUAGGGAAAAUCGUCUUUUUUAUAGGUGUUCAGAAGGGGCUUUAACUUGAAUAUUUCGAGCCGACGCAUCUUACGGCCGUAUCAAUUUAAUUUAUUAAACGGUAGGCAAGAAGACUAACUGAUAGUAGGUAUGAGAUAGGGGUACCAUUUGUCAAUGGAAGGUAUACGAAAAGGACUACCUUUUCUGUCAAAAAUGGUAUAUUAAAAGGUAACAUUUUGGAUGAGGCCUUUACCUAUGGAACGUUGUUGAAUCCUGAUUAUAUGAGCUUUGCUUCUACAAUUAUGAAAGGGCUUUUGAGAGUGUUUUAACUAGCCGGCCGUAAGCAAGAUUAUAGUUGUUAUUAUGAUUAAUAAACAUCGUACUUGUUCUCAUUGAGGGAUGACAAAAGCACGGUAGAAGAGUAUUAAUUAUAGCUGGAGUGUGGUGAAACAGGGAAUGAUUACAAGCAGAAUAUUUUCAAUCUGCGUGUUGCUUCAUGUGCUUCAAGCGCUGGCAACCGGAAUUUUACUUUAGUUAUUAUGAAAAACUACACAGAAAGUAGGCUUACUGCAGUAAAUUUAAGGGGAGAAUUUUUCAAGGCUUUUUUUUUUUCAAUGAAGUAGGAAGGAUUAGCACAGUUGGUUAGUACGCGGCCUUCUGUGCGGGAGGUCCUGAGUACGAUUCCCAGGUGUGACCUCAAAUCCUUCUAUCGACUUCUUGAGUUCUCUUUCCGUGUAGCUUUAAGUAGCUUUAAAUACUCGUAAAACGGAUCACUGAUGGAGAGAGGGCGGAUAAAACGAGCGCACCGUCGGCCUCAGGUUUGUUAGGGUGGAUUUCCACUGUCGCUUAAUUUUUAUCGUGCGUACGCGCGUAAAUAAAAUAGAGACAAUGUGUGGAAGGUCACGCCUAAACGAAAAAGUUGAUCCUCGCUCAACUUUCACGUUUCCGCGUGGCCUUUCAUACAUUAGGGCCGUUUAUACGAGAGAAAACAAGCCGCGGCUUACUCUGGUCCCUGGUUAAAUAAGCCGCGAACACUGGUAUAAAUGGUACAAAAUCUCGUUCACGGCUUAUUCAACCCACGGCUACUUCAAGCCGCGUCUUAUCCUGGCCGAGGAGUUUUGGGUUGGGCUUAUCCAAACCGCGGCUUACCUUGGACGGGAAAGUGUUGUAUAAACGGCAGUAAAACGUUGUCCGCGGCAUGCUGUCCUCAAAUGCUGCGCAUGCUCUGUUUUCAAUUAUAUCCCAGAUCUUCACGGCUGAGAGACGCGCGCUGCAGUGGCGGGAAAGUGACCUGCUGCACGAGAAAACUGAAAAUUUUGUCUAAACAACACCUCAUCCAUAUGCAUCCCUGGAACGUCUCUUUCAAACCACUCGAUUGAUCGCUGACGAACUUUUCGUCGAGGUUUCCGACAAGUUUCGCAACAGCGCAACGCUAAUCUUGAGCGAAAAGUUAAUUUGAAAGAAUGUAAAAUAAGGCGAUUUUUUAGACCAAAGCCAAUCUUUUCGCUUUUCCCCAAUUACGCUAGGCACCAAAACAAACUACGUCAUCAUUGGACCGGUCUGGCCGCGAACUAAGCCGUGAACCAUUUAUUCCAGCAGUUCGCGUCUUAUGUAAGCCGUUCUCGUAUAAAUGGUUCGUUUCGUGGCUUAUGUAAGCCUCGGCCCGAGUAAGCCGCGACUUAUUUUCUCUCGUAUAAACGGCCCUAUAUAAUGUAUUUAUUUCAUUUACGAGCGUAAAUUUUACGUGCGUUCACACGGAAACAUUACGCGACAGUGGAAAUCAAUCCUUAGUCAGAUGACUAUUUCGAGCUACCGACAUGAAAUAAGGACUCUUUACCAUUGCCUGUUACUGUUUAUUGGGGCGCUUAUUUAUGUAUUUUGAUUUCCUAAGGCAAGUUUUCCUCGACAACUUGGAAAACGUUCUAUUUUAAAUAGAUUUUCACUUAAAAGCUUAUGGAAGUUGGAUAUUUUUGGUUAUUAUUCACAGCCUAGGGCUUCCGCUUGGGUUAAAACGGACCCAAACGCAACCAUAAACAAGAUCGCAUCGUUACGCACUGACAUCGCUGAGAAGGAGCGAAGAAUUGCUCAACUAUCCAACGAAAAUGAAAAGCUAAACAAGCAAAAAAUGCAGUCCACGACACUGCUGAACGGGUUACAGAGAGAAAACUCUGCAAAGGACACCUUAGUGCAUCAGGCGAAGAGAGAGAUUGAAAAACUUGAGAAGGAACUACGUGAAAAGGAUUCAACAAUUUCCACCAUGUCGACGAAGGUUAGAUAUAAUACACAAAGCUAAUGUUGCCUUAACUUCAAAGAUAAUUUUAAUCGUAGCCUGCGAGUACAGCUUUCUCUCAACACUCCCCCUUCAUUGGGAAGUUUCGAAAGGCGCCCUCCGCUACGUGGAGAAGCCACUAGCAAGCUCUCCAUUUCUGGAGGGAACGAAGCCAGCCUCGAGGGACUCGCGACUCCACCAAAUGGCCAUGGAGAGCUUGUUCGCAGGCUACGACGAGAAACGAUUACUUUUUCCGCGUUACACGUUCGGCUGUAUCGAGGGUUCCCAAUAGGUUUUUCGGGAUCGGGGAUCCGGGAUUUUCCGUAUUUGAAUGUCGUGAUCCGGUAUUUUCCUUAUUUGUAGCCGGGAUUCGGAAUUAUGGGCCUGAGAUGUGCACGGGAUGCUAGUCUCCCUCUCAGCCAUUUUAGUGUCGUCACGCAACGCUCCUGGUGUAGGCAAAAUCCUUUCUCAGGUUAAACCAUAAAAGUUAAUGCAAAGAUAUGUGCUGAUUUGAGUUCCAAAAGACGCCUUUAAACUGCCAGUAGCUGACUUAUAUGAAACUCUAUAAAAAACAGCCUUCGAGCAAGCUUUCCGUUUUGUGUGGCGAGCGAAGCGAGAACGUGUGAGGCAGAGGAAAGUAAAGCCCUCGUUUCUUUCUUCAACCUGCUCUCUCGUGUUUCCUUUCGUGUGUCGCUUGCAUGUGGCUUUAAACAAUGUAACUCGCCUGAAAAGCUUGCUCGCAUGCAGAGUAAGUAACACAGAAGAGUCACUUGUAGAAUCAUUCGACUACACAUUAGGGAGUUUCAGUAGAGGCGUUUUGCGCGACGCACUUCAAUCGGAAGUCAGGCCGUUUCUCUGUUAAUGCCCUGACGCCACCAGUUUGUACUGCUAAGUGUUUUAACUCUUAUCGAGACAAUUUGCCCUAAAAUUUGGGCGAGGCCACAAGCCAAACGGCAAAAACGCUACUUCCAGUUGAAGUGCAUCGUUUAAAAAUGUCUUUUCUUAAGCUCACUAUUGAACCGUUAGAACUAAAGCUACAAGGCAGCUUAAGCAACUACCACGGCGACGGCUACGAAAACAUGACUUAAAAAGUGAAUUCGCGUGGCUUUAAACUUUAUCGUGUUUAUUCCAUCUCAUUCAAUUCGUCAAAUAUUGGCAAAUUUUCCAAGAGUUGAACUCUAAAAGACUGUAUCGAAGUUCAGAGAAAGAAAAAGAAAGUCGUUGUCUUGUGUUCACGUCCUCCACAAAACAUGAAAUCAGGGAAUUUCUCGUCGUAGUCGUGCAGUGACGGCUAAGAAAUGUACAAAAAAGCGUGAUGCACGUGCAAAGUUGUUGUUUUUCUUGUCAUGUCUAAACCAAUUGCUUUUUUGCUGUUCUCGUUGCCGUCGCCGUCGUCGUUGCUUAAGCUUCCUUAUAUGUCACUAACAACGACAACGUUCAAACUGUCAAAGUACCCAAUCUCCUUUUAACAUCCUGUAAAGUAUUAUUCACUUAAGGGUUAAUUAGGGGCACCCAACGACGGUUUGCUCCUAAAUACAUUGAAAACACUUUUUAGGCUAUCCAGAGUACUUUAAGAUAUCUAGAAAAGCAUUCUAAGCGGCGUUGUAAAAUUUGUAUCUGUUCGGUCAUCCUGGGGAAAAUUGAGUCUUUUCGAAAUUACAAGGGCUUGAAUAUUAUUUUCCCGAAAAUUUUCGAUGAAAUUUGACUUAUUACCAAAGUGAGACAUUUUCUUAUUGAUCUCUCCAUCACAUUUUUGAAUCGGAAAAUUCUGGGUCUCCUUUUUUCUAUGAAAAAUAACCUAACUUGGGAAGUAAAAUGCGAAAACUAAUCUUCAGAAAAUCGUCGGGAAUUUAUUAGAUAAGCUUCGAAAAUUGUUGAUGAAUGGAACGGUCGUCUAGAAAUUUGUAGCCGUCGUCCAAGUGAUAGCCUCCCCGCAGACGUCCGUUGGGGUUCGGUUGUUGUUACGCAUUCAUUUCUCGGUCGUCCGUGGGGGAGAAAUGAAUGGGUGACAACAACCGAACCCCAACGGACGUCUGCGGGGAGGCUAUCCAAGUGACUGAUAGAAAAUUUUAGGGAAUAGUUGCUUUUCCGAACAGAUAUUUUAAAGAAAACAGUCGUUGGGUGCCCCUGGGUUAAUAAAUAUGUAUUAACUGUAUGUAACGUUCAAGCUUUCUUUCUCUUAUUUUCAGCUGGGACGGCAGAAGGCCGCUAAAGAAGUGGAGAAAGAGGCACAAAAAUUAGAACAAGAGCUUUAUGCAACAAAAGGGGUAAGAAUUGAGUGAUCUGUUAUAAAGGUCUUCCCAUCUGAAACAUCACCUUUUUUAUUUUAGAGUUCUAGGUUUAACACCUUGUAAUCGGUCUUAUAAUUAGUAAACAGCCAGUACAUAGGUACAGUUUCCAUCGUGUUUCAUUUUCCAUUAUGUGGAAUAAUGGUUAAGGAUGUACUAAAGAAUCAGUUAAUUUAACUAUCUUUACCAUUUUUCUAAGAGCCUGUUUACAUGGAGGUGGGGGACCGUAGGCAGGUGAGGUAACCCGCCUGUCCAUAUAAUCUCUCAUUUUAAUUUGAUCACGUCUACAUGAUGGGUGGGGUGACCCGCCACAUGUUACCACACCUACCUGGGGUCCCCCACCUCGUAAACAGUCUCUAAAUCAUGUGCUUCUCUUCAUUGAAAUUGCGCCCGCAGUAACAUAUUAAAUUCACUUUUCAAACGCUACCAAGGACCUUUCAUUUCGUCAAAAGUCAGUAGUGAGCUCAGAAACUUGACGAGCCUCAAAACAUUCAAGAAACAUAUACGCGGUGUGGACCUUUCUAGCCAUAUAGAUAAUAAUAGUAACUGCUGUGACUUGUGUAAAUUCUGAGUCGAAUGAACAUUUGUAUAUAGUCUUAGGUUUUGGGUAAGAUCAUUAAAAUAAAAGUCAUGUAAUAGAUUAGUGCCAGUUCUUAGAAAAGUGUCCCCAAUUAGCUAAUAUAACGGUUGAGCUAAAUACAUUGACAAUAAAAUAAAGUUAUUAUUAUUAUUAUUACUAUUAUUAUUAUUAUUAUUAAACGCUUAAAACUUUUUAGUACAUUUUUUUAUUACAUACAUACGCAACGGAGCGUUAGAGAUAUGUUAAGCCUAUAUUUUUCAGAUGUUUACAGGAUAAUUUGGUUGGCUAAAUUUCAUAGAAAUUGGUCAAAUAUUCGCAGAGUUAAGACGCUAUGAGGGAUUAAUUCAUGGCAAGCCUUACAUAACUCUAAUCAACAAUGUUUUUGUACAAAGUUACAUGUAAUAAGUAAAGCUAAAUCAAUUAAGUAUCCUUUUUUCGUUAUUGUUAACACGUUUUACACGAAGGCUUAUUGAUAAACCCACAUUCAUUUCGGUCCAGUUCAUUCUCGUAAGCCGCCAUUUUAUUUUCGUGCACAGUAAUUUUUGGGGAGUUAUUAUAACUCCAAAAAUGGAGUAAAAAUUUUAGGUACAUGAUAACCCCCUUUGCGGGUUACUUUAACUCCUCAGUAUUAACUCCAAAUCUGAGAUGAUUUUUACUCCUGAAAAAGAGUUCUUUAAACUCCUUUUUGGAGUUAAGAUAACUCCGAAAAAAAUGACGCUACUGUAAGGAGUUAAAUUAACCCCACUAGAGCAGUUAUUAUAACUCCUUGAAAAUUACUGUGUACUUCCGCUGUGACUGUAUUACGCUUGCAAAUGCGUGCAGCUAGCGUGCAGCAGGAAGUUCGUUUACUUGUUUACUUAGUGUAAUGGAUUCGGCUUUUGAGCUUUUGUGUUGUUGAUACAUCUUCAUGUUUUCAAGACAACACGAGACAAAUGUCCUUUCAGGAAUGUCAAUAAACUGAAUAGUUAUGUUUCCCUGUAGUUUCUAAGUUAAUACCAAAGAAGUCUGGAUUGUCCAAAAUCAAGCAUGUUUUAUCAGAAAUUAAAUAUCCUUGUUUCUGUUAAUACUUUUGUCUUUCGCAAAAUUUCUGUUAUUUUUUUUCUUAUUCCGUUGUUUUUAAUGGGGUCAUAAUUCGUUCUAUAUUUUCUAAAUGUCUAGGUUUAUUCUGAUCUGAGCGGCUGACAGGUUUUCAGAGUCCGUUGAAGUUUAAUGAAUGUCAAGCCACUUGAAAAAAACAUGUAAAUUUUCUGCACAGGGCCACACAAUAUUUUAGGUUUAUCGGGAAAGUCACACUUUGAAUUUUUGCGGAAAGUAAAGCGUCCAAGUUUCCACGAAAGCAGCUACUGGAAGAAGCUAAUACCAACAGUAAUCACAGUUUUAUUUCGUUGUAUUUGUACACGUAAUAUUUUCAAUGCAUGCUUGUAAUGCAAGCUCGUUAGCGCGGGUAACUCCUUGUAACUAAUUGCUCGUUUACUUAAGUAGCUUUUUCUUUUUCUGUCGGUUUUACAUGCAUUAAGUUUAGCCGUAGGAUUAUUUGUAAACGGCUUACAUCGGCAGUUCAUUGAGAUGGAUCAUUUGCGCAUCGUUACCCAAGCCUGUAUUCAAACAGAGUGUUGACUAUUGUCUGUUCCCGUGAAUGAGAGUACCAAUUAUGUUAUUUUACUUCUUUGAUUUCGUUUUUUGCCGUUUUCAGAAACUUCAAACCACAGAGAAGCAAUUGAAGGAAAGGAUUAAAACCAUCGCUGAUUUAGAACACGAGUUAGAGAAGAUGAGAGAUCAUCUCAGCGAAGGAAGACAGGUUAGUUGCCAUAGCACCUAGACUUGAAUAUCCCGGAUGUUGUGCCUGAAUCAGAGCAAGUCUGAUCACAUCGCGGAAGGUUAUAAUAUUACCAGAUUUUAUAAUUCUCUUAACAGGAGUCGAGCCUAUGGCCUUCUGGUUAUUACCUUUUUAUAGGAAAUUAACGCUUCACGAAUUCAAGUCGCGUUUAUUUCCUAAAACGUUAAUUUUCCCGCCGGUAAUAUGGAGCGUAGCCUGCCACGAAGGUGUUUUAGGGGAGCUCGUAUUUCGUCCGUCCCCACAAACCCCUCCUCAAUCGAGAACAACAUUCGUUUCCCAAGCUUAGCCAAUCACAUUGUACCUUCCAAAUUCUGGAAGGUUGACUUCGACCGCAGGGUAACCCGAUAUAAGUCAAUCUGCAUGAAACACUGGGACAGCUUUAUGACCUCUAAUAAAUGUUAGACUCAGAGCGACAAAAGCAAGAUUUAGUCAGAUUGUAGAAUAACCCGUGCACUGCAUAAUCCUUCGGAGGGAGAGAAGCGAAGACCGGAAAAUACGUCUGCGGCUCGCGAAGGAACGAAAAGAAGGAAAUAGGUAACUCCAGGGUGACGCUUUUACACUACCACGAGAUUAUAAGUCGUGUUUACCCUGUCAAAACUUUAUUUCACUUUAUUUCGAAACUGUUGAUCGGUCACUUACCACGCAAAUAAGACAAUGGGAAAAAAAAUGUUGUUCUCGGUAGAGCAGGCGUUUGUGGGGAGGGGCGAAAUACGAGCUCCCCUAAAAACGCCUGCAUGGGAGGCUAUGUGUAGUGUUGAUUUACGCGACCUUGAGAUUUCCAUUAUUUUGGAUACACUUCGGACAUUCUUCACACGUAGAAAAGAGGAGUGUUUUAUAAGAAUGGAGAUUCGCCAGUAACAGUGAAACUGUGAAGAACCCUCGAAGUGGCCAGAUUUCUUCGUUAGACUCCCUUUGUGCGUUAGGGAAAGUACCUCGAACAAGGUUUCCAUUUCAGAUUAUACGUUUAAGGCCCAGUUCAAACGUCGACCUUUUCAUGUACCGAUUCUAAUCCCUUCAAUUAAGAACAUGAAGAGAUCGACAUUUGAAGCAAUUAAGUUCGACAUAUUUAAUUUGGGUGGACCCAUGAAUUAAGAUCGAGUGGCCCACAUGGGAUUUUCGACUGUAGAGCGACUACGUUUCAAACUUCAAACUUCGAAAUUUCAUGUGCCGAAACUAAUGCGUAAAUUACUGAAUUCAUUUCACUGAUAAGCAUUGUAGACCAUUGUACAUCGUGAAAGUAAAUUGGGUCCGACUAAUUAAGUUCGACGCCUGAAUUAACCGUCGAAUUGUUGUCAUUUGGGUCGACCCAAAUAGGUAUAAAGUUUGGUACAUACAAAGUUCGACGUUUGAACUGGGCCUAACUUUGUUUCUGUUGUCUCAAAAACUUUAGUUUCUUUGUGAGCAUCCCGUUAAUUUUCUCCAUUUUGAACUGUUAUCCUCUCUUCGUCGUUAAUUUUCUUUAUUUUAAAGUCGUUUUCCUCUAAAGUCGCAGUAAUUUCCAAUACCAUAACUUCAUGGAGCUUUAAUUACCUAAAGUAGGGUAGUCCACAUGCUCUACAACUGAGCUUCAAGCAACUCGAGGACAAUAAGGCCAUUGAGCUGGGUUCACUAAAGAACACCUUUUAGGUUGUGACAAUGUAACAUCGACCCAAGGGAGGUUUUGUGUCCAGCGGUUUUAGUAAAAACAAGGGUUUGUGGGGUUUGCUCAGUCUUGAUUGCGGGCUCAAAAACCUCCCUUAGGUCGAUCUUAUUUUGUAUUUACCCACCUUGUAUACUUAAAUAAGUCCCAUAAUGCAGUUCGACAAAAACCGACCCAGUCCCACCCACGCUAAACCUUGAAAAUGACCCAGUAAGGUAAUAAGUAAACAAACCUUCUCUCUUAAAAGAGCGACAAGGCGAUUCAGCAGGAACUGGAUCACGCUAAAGCUCAGUGUCUGGACGCACAAAGAGCUGAGAAACUGCUCAAGGUUGACUUUCAUCAACUGGAAAAAAGAGUAAGUGAACUGAGAUUUUACAGUAACGCAUUUUAUUGAAGCAUUGAUGACAUGACUUUUUUGAAACAAUCUUGCUAGGGGGAAUACUUCCUUACAUCAGCUUUAUGGGUAAAGGGGUUUAGUUUUUGGUCACCUUUUGGUUUAAAACAGAAAAUAGCACUUCAACCGUUUGGGCUUGAUAUAGGGCAUAGUUUUGUGUUUUCUGUGGAAUUGUGUAUCCCUUAGUGUCUUUUAUCAUUCGCCACUUUACAGACUUGAUUUGAAAAAGAGCAUGAAAAAUCAAAUAUUUUGCUCUGAAAUAUUUGUAAAGAACGGCUUUCCCAUCCCCAGCUUCUUGUAGCUUGCAAGUAAGCAAUAACAUUCUGGUAUAACAAAUGACAUUCUCAGGCAACAGUUAGAAGCAAAUUUCUCGGAUAAAAUCCACAGCAUUAACGUGUCCUUUCAUAAAGGUUACACUUCACACUCCCCCGGCAAUUUGUUAUAUCAGGCUGCCAUUUUAUUUGGGUAUCACGGGAAUUAGGUCACGAGCAAGCGAGUAGGCAAAGCAAGAGAGAAUGAUCUAGUUCAUUCUCUCUUGCUAAAGCGAUUCACAAAAUGGGAAUGGGUGGGGCUUACAGAAAUUCCUUCAAAAUGGCUGUGUAUUUAUGUUCUUCUGUAGUUUGAUCGUUUCCGGCGGAAAUUGGUUGAACACACAUUCCGCGGCGAUGUUCAAAGAACAGUUGAUCAUGAACUGGAUGACGAUGAAUUGCUUGAUCACGUGAGGAAUCUGGCUCAAGAGAAGUUAACUCUAGUGGAAGAAAUCCAGCAGUACGCAAACUCAGGAAGUGAAGUGAGUUCAGUAUUUACUGAAGAGCCUCGUUUGUUUUGAGUGUGAACUUUACCCCGGACAUGACUUUUUUCAUUUUUUUUUCCUUUAAAACUUUGAAAAGGAGCCUUUUCACUUCUCCCCUCCUUCAGAAAACGAGAGGGAGUUGUGCGCUUCGUCACCCACAUCCACGGCUUUUUCCCUCAAACGGAACGAGCUCCUCUUUCCCCUACCCCAUCUCCCUCCUCCACCCCAACUAAUACUGGCGUUAUCCGGAUAACACUGGGAAAAUUAAACAUCAAUUAUUUUUAUGUGAUUAAGAAGAUGGGUUUUUUCAUAACAGUUCCUUCGCGCGGAGGUUUUAUUAGGGGGUGUGGUUAACUGAUCUGUGAGCCUUAAUUGGACAAAAUGUUAUCGGUUAAGAGAUGCCGCGUUUUCCUACCGUAAAAAAAAAAACUCCCACGUUACGUUACGUUACGUGACGUAACUCCUAAUUAGAGGCUGAACUAAAACUGAAAACUAAAGUUCCGCAACCCCCCCCCCCUCCACACCCUUAAAUUUGUCAGUCAAUAGCGACCCUUCUGCCGCAGCCUUUUUUAAUUUCUUAAUUCAGUUCAUGAUGUUGUCGCUCAUGGACGUACGACAGCUAGCUUGCUAAAUCUGAAUAAAUGUGUUAAGAACUGAAAAGGUUUUCUCUUUUGGUAAUAAUCAAUUUUUUAAUCAUUUACCCUUUUUGCUUUCUUUGACCAUGGUAGAAAGAAGCAAAAGACAGAGACUUAAAAGAUUCAGCGGGUGAACUGAGGAAACAUCUAGAAGGCAUGCUGGUGAGUAAAUCACAGGACAUCCAACAUUAGUCCUCUUAAGGCUGGUUUUCACUAGCGACGGAGUCGUAAGCGGAAUCGUAAAAGCGCUUACGACUUGUUGAAAAUAAAAAAUCGGAGUCGUCAGCAGUCAUAAGCGCGAUGGAAUCGGAGUCGGAAGAAGCAGAACGUUUUCAUUUUCUUCUUACUCUGCUUAUGACUCCGUCGUUUACGAUCAAGUGAAAACCAGAUUGUUGGAGUUGGAAGCAUAAGCGGAAGGAUAAACCAAUCACAAUGCCCGUUCCCACGCUUUGUGAUUGGUUUAGUUCUUCCGCUUCAGCUUAACACUCCGACAACCUAUUUUUCACUUGAUCGUAAGUGUCGGAGUCGUAAGCGGAAUCAGAAUGCUGUUUUCACUAGAUCGUAAAGUUCUUCGCUUUUGAUUACGACUCCGACUUCGUCGUUAUUGAAAACCAGCCUUUAUGGUGCACAACAUUUCUCAACAAUCAUAAGUAAAAUUUAUCGAGACGUUUGCAAUAACAGAAUUGCAGGUUACCGUGUCAUUGUAUAUCAUCAUAAGAUUAUACAGCAAACGAGGUAGCGAAUCAAUGCACAGUUCUGAAUCUGAACUCGCGAAAGUGACAAGUGUGACAGACAUUUUUUGUAAAAGAGAGGAGGAUAGAGAAGUUACGAAAAUGCAAUUUUUGUACAUAGAUGUUACCUUGUGAGCAUUUGAAAGAGGUAAAUUUUUAUGUUUCAUCAACUUUUAACCAGCUAACAAGUCUCAAAAAUGUGACAACUUACCUAUUUUAUGGCGUCAAAGAAUGCCUUCCGCCAUAAAGCUGGGAUUACAUCUCACUCUCUAAAACGGUGCCUUUUAUUUGAAAUCUAUUGGGCUAAAAAUGCAUCAUUUAUUAUAAAGACUAUACCAUUGAAUUUUCAUAAUUUUACUUCAUGGACCGUGCUUUAUAGGUUAUUAUACAUUCCAGGAGUUUUUCUAGUAAUGUUUUCACGAUAGUGGGAACUUCAUUGAAAGAAGUAUUAGCAGUCGUUUUGUUGCGUAAACUCAUGUUAAGAAAGAUCAUACAUUUCUAUGCAGUGUUUUCCGGAGACGGUCUGAACAGCAAAAAAGCUGUACUUUUUAUUACUUAAGCUCGUAUUCAGAAAGAUCGUUUAUUUCUCUGCUGUGUUUUCCAGAGACGCUCUGAACAGCAAAGAAGCCGUACUUUUUAUUACUUAAGCUCGUAUUUAGAAAGAUCGUUUAUUUCUCUGCUGUAUACUCCAUCGGAUCAACUCAAUAUUUUGCCCCAAGUGUGAGUUAGGGGAUGGAGGGGGGAGGGGUAGGUGGGCAGUUUCCCAGAAACCUAAAUCGGUCCACUCCAUCCAUAGAAACGACUGUCGAAGUCAGGUCGGACAUGCACUGCGCUGGAAGAAGAGCUGACUUUAGUUGAGGAGCGUACAACUCAUGAUUCACUGUCAUGGAUUAAGGUAACAUUAUUAUAACAAAAAGUUUACCUACUUAAAGCUCCUUUUCCGGCUUUGGAAUUAAAGAACGAAGGUCGCGAAAAUAGGUGCCUAAAAACGAAGGGGAGAGGAUGAGGUUUUUAUUUUCAAUCUAUAAACAUAGAGAUCUGCCAGCCUUGGAAAUGUUUUCAUUUACUAUUAAUGGUUAAAAUUAUGAUUGUUAUUAGAUAGCUAUUGUAUUUCUUAUAAAUAGGUUGACAGAGUUUUUGCAUUGAAGAUUUGAUUUAGUUAAAACAAUAAAUAUAAGAGAGAUUAAAAACGGAUCGCCCUUGGAAACACUACCAUUGUUAAUCAAGUUUAUCAUGAUGCUUUGCGCCUAUAGCCCCGUGCAAACGGACGCAACAUUGGUGGCAAAAAACUCCAACAUUGUUGGAUUUUACAGGUUACGUCCGUUUGCACACCCUGUUGCAUGUUGUUGCGUGUUGUUGGGAUCUGUUGCAUCCGUUUGCACACCAGUGCAACAUAGACUACGAGUAGUCCCCAUUUUUCCUCAGGGAUAGUAGAGCGAGCGAAACGCGAGCGCGCGUGAAAAUCACCCCGGCGAGAAAAGGCCACACGCGGCGGGGAGAGAGAAAAAUGAGGCGCGUGUCGCCUUUUCUCGCGUUGGCUGAUUUUCACGCGCGCUCGCGUUUUGCUCGCUCUACUAUCCCUGAGGAAAAAUGGGGACUACUCGUAGUCUAAGUGCAACACGGACGCAACUACACGCAACAUUGUUGGCGCAACAACGUUGGAAAUCAUUGCUUCCCUUUUUCAGGUAGCUAAUGACCAAAUAGCCCACGUUCGAGGUAUUAAAAUUCUAACAUGACUCCGAGUCUCUCUGGUCAUUUUUCUAUACUUUUGGUUUGGUUUUUGCUCAAGUCUCUUCUGGGAAUUGCUAGACGAUGGAUUCGUAAAAAAUUUGCAAUUUGGCCCCUAAAACCUCGGAGUCAUGUUAGAAUUUAAAUAUAUCGUCUUAACGGCCUUGCUCGCCAUCAGAUCCUCCACAGCUUCGUUGGUUAAAAGGUCGCAAUAGUGAUGUGAACCGAGCGAGAGAAUGGCAUCUUUGUCUUCACUAAAAAUAGAUAGGGAGAAAAGGGCUUUGCGGAGUGAAUUGUAACGUGAACUAUUUUUUUCAGGAUUUUGUUUGUAAGACGCUGUCUAACGAGGCUGUUUGGCAGCAAAAGGCUGAAGACGCUCUGAAGAGAGCCACAGAGGAUUCCGAUUCUGGUGAGUAAAAACUUCGGGGUAUCGAAUGUCGCCUUCGGCAAAUCUUCGUGCAACAUUAUGGUGAGGUUUUGGAGUCUUUUCUUAAAAUUUCGAAAGAGCAGAAAAGGCCGAAAACCUGUAUCACAACUACCGAGCAACUCAUCUGUUUUUCCUUUAAUUUUGGCAGAGACGUCUAUCAGCGUGGAAGAUAUGUGUCGCCAGUUAAGAGAUCAGAAGGAAGAGUGUCGGAAACUCAAGGGAAAGUAAGAAUUCCAAGCUCACUGGACUCACUUUACUCUUAAAGAGCCUAUGUCACAAGGAUAUUUCUGUUUUAGGUCAAUUCUGUGCUGAAGCUUUUACUUAGAACCUUUACCCAUACACAAAAGAAUAUAUCAGACAGAUUUCAUGGGCGUUUGUGACACGACAGCCACAUCAAUUUCGGUUUUCUGGGCUUUUCCGUCCGCUCUCAGGCAAAAGCUGUUUUGGGUUAUGAAUCGUCUUUAAAGUGCUGUACUUGAUUGUUGAAAAUGAUGAGAAGUUUCCGCUAACAGUUUUGCUUUGCCGUCAUUAUUUUUUGCCAAUGGAGUGUUCGUGUGAGCUGUACGUUCGAGAAGAAUAAAAAUGUAAUCACCUAAGUCCAGUCCUAGCAUUGUUUAACCCUAAAACAGGAAAAAAACGUAAAUAGUUUGAUGUAGAGGCUCAAACACAGGGCGCAGAGGAGUUAUUUGUGACCUUGAUUGCAAUUCAAAAAUGUUACAGUUCGAUUCGCGAUUCGCCUCAGAAUCGAAUAUGAGCUUGACGUAUCAAACUGUCAUGCGAUUAGCUGUUGUUAUUCGUCCACAGUCAUUAGCUUCAGCGGUUUUCCAGAGCAUGGAAUAAUAUUUUAUCAGGUUUGUAACACCGAAUGACGGUUCGCUCGAUUCAACAGUAUAAAAACAAAGGCGAUACCAGGGUAUCAACUGCAACGUCGAUCCGUCAAAGAAUAAGUCUGGUUUUGAUCUCAAUAGAACACAACGGUAGAUUUUAAGUGUCUUCAUAGCAAACAACAGUAGAGUUUUUCAGAUCAGUUGAUAAAAAUGAUAAUAAUAAUGGUAAUUGAAGUACUUCUAUAGCGCUAUUUACAUAAAAAUGACCAGUAGCGCUUUACAAUAAUUCACGUUAAAAAUCUAUUCUAAAAUGAUAUAACUGUACAAUGUAAAAUGAGAAAUGUAAAAUACAAUUGACUGAAAAUUAAUAAAUUAAUAAAUCAGUGAAAUAAAGAUAUAGUAUAAUACAAUAAAUUCAGAUCAAAUUAGCUAAAAAAAGGUCGAGAUGAAAUCGAAUUUUUAGUCUAACCUAUCCCAAAAAGGUACGUUUACGUUUAAAAAUAGUUAAUGAUUGAAAUUCGCGCAAUUCAGCAGGCUAACUAUUCCACAAACAUGGCGCAGCAGCAUAGAAGGAUUUGGCACCAAGCGUAGAAAGCAUUUUCUCUCUAGGCGGCUCAAGUAAAAGACUACUAUUUGAUUUAAGAUUGUAAGAGGACUUCGAUCUAACAUUAAUUAAAUCCCUGAUUUGUGGUGUUGCAAGUGCGUGAAUUGCCUUGAAAACGAAAAUUAAUAUCUUAAAAUGAAUACGAGCGUGAACUGGCAGCCAGUGAAGAUCUUGAAGUGCUGGUAUAAUAUCAGAAUACUCGCUGAUGUUUAUAGCGAGUUCUGAAUACGUUUCAAUUUGACAAUCUGUGACUUAGGUUAACCAUACAAAAAAACUGUUACAGUUCUUCAUUAAGCUGGAAAAACUAUGUAAAUUCAAUAAUUGUGGUUGUUUUUGUGGCGAUGGAAGGCUCGUUUUGUAAGUAAAACAAAUUUCAUUAAUUUUUGUUCUCUUCUUUGUGUGUAGGAUUGCAGAAAUGGAGGAGACGCAUCAGGAAGUCGUGUUAAAGUUACGAGAGGACAUGAAGAGAGAGGAAGAAAAACACAUUUCCCGCGCAGUGGCUCAAGUGAGAUCUGAGGAAGAAGAAAAACAGCAUGAGAUGAUGCAUGAAUUUAAACAAAAAGAGCGAGAGCGGAUACAAGCAGCAGUGGAUGCUGAGAGAAAGAUCAUGGAGUCCCAACAUGGUAGCGUUACCCAACUACAACAGGUACUGAACAAAUGCUCAAAGGCUUUUUCAAAAAUGCGAGAAUACUGUUCGUUGUCCCUCCGAAGUUUUGCAUAAGCAUUGUUUUCAAUUUCUCUUAUGACUUAUAAUCGCCCCAAGAGAAUUGAAGGAAUGCUUAAGUAAAAGUUUAGAGCGACAACAACCAGGACUAUGAUAUUCUUGAAAAAGGCCUAUUUUCGGAGAUGUCAGUCACUGGAAAUAAGCCAUCAAAUUUAAAACAACAGUGGGAGCUGCCAACAAAUUAAGUAAACAGUAAAAUGACCGCUAUUUAGGGACGAGGGACGGUUUCACCACUGUAAACCCCGGGACCCUCCCCCUCCGUAUAUUUAUAGCCAAGAGGGCUGCCUAUAACGUAGACCACGAGCGAUCGGCCCGUUGAAAGCGUUUCCCCGCGAAUUCGUUGAGAAAGUUGGGAGGUUUGCUACGUAGGCUACUAAGAGCCGCGCACGGCGUGCGAAUAAAAAAGACUUCUCGCAGGCCAGGGUUGGAUCGGCGGUAAACUGAGCUACUAAGUCUUCUAUGCAGGUACUUAAUGAACGACAGAAGGAGUUAGAGAAUCACAGAGUUGCCUUGACAACAGCAAAGUCCCAGUACGAACAAGCUAAAGAUGGAUUACACAGAGCUAAGGAGACUGAGGUACGUUCUUCAAAGUUAGUCUUUCUGCACCUCUCGUAUUUAUAUCCUCAAGCUGAAAUACCGUUUUUCCUUACUGUCUAAUAACUGCCGCCUAGUUAAUUCAGUUAGGAGAGCGCCGGUCUGCUGAGCGGGAGUCGCGGGUUCAAACCCGGGCCGGACCAAAACUCAGGGUCUUCAAAAUAACUGAGGAGAAAGUGCUACCUUUGCAAUGACAUCUGCAAACGGUUAGUCUUUCUAGUCUUCUCGGAUAAGCACGAAAAACCGUUACCUGUUUUUUGCCUAAAAAUGAACUUAAAUUUUCCUAUUACGGGUGCCUGUAACGAUUUGCGAUUUGUAAUUCAGCAAAGAGUGGAUUCUACAAUUGAAAACCAAAGAUCGGUCUGAAAGAUAGGUUUUUAUUGUAUGUGUUUAUUAGACGCGACAAGACGCUGUUAAAAUUUAAUAACGAAAUGACCGAACUUUCUCCUUAGGCGUACUUACGAAGUCAGCUUCAGGAACAAUCCGCAGCCUACAAAGAACAGCUGGCUCGUGUUGAACGUGAGAAAGAAGAACUGCGGAAUUAUAAAGAAGACGAGGUCGCUUCUUUUAAGGUAUCUUUAGUACAUCAUCGUUAAAAUGUGACUGGCUGAAUAUUCAGUAAACGGUCGAUCAUUUAGGGUUUUUAUCAUCUUCAUCAGUCCUCUUCGUUCAGCCCUCUUUGUGGCCGAGUGGUCAGCGCGUCGGACUCACAAUCCCGCGGUCCCGGGUUCGAGUCCCGCUCUGGCCACUUGUAGGAUUUGUUCUCGGUCUUCCCGAGUUCAAAUCCUCGGCCACGCUUGUAAAUAGCCAACUGGUUGCCUCCCUGUUGGGAUUUUUAAUAAUCGUAUGUUGUAUUUGAAUUCUUUGUUUCUAAGUAUUAGGUGGAGCGCCUGUAAAGUAGCUGGAUAAGCUAAGUGCACUUUCCACUAUAAACAAUCCUUUAAACCUUUAAACUCCACUAAUUCUUACAAUUUGACUCUAUUUUGAUUCAAACCAUUACGUCCUCUCCCCUCAUGUUCUCACAUCCUUGUGCGCUUCAAAGUGUGUCUUAGCCUGCGAACAGCAGACGUAUUUCCGGUCGUCGCUAAGUGUGUCUGGGACUCCCCUGUGGGAUCCAUUAAAGAGUUGUCUUGGCCACUUGUUUGUCUGGUCUCCUCAGUGUUUUGCCAAUCCACCGCCAUGUUCGUUUUCUUAUCUCCUCCUUUAUCGGCGCUGCCCUUCCUGUCUCCACAACUCUUCAUUUCGGAUUCUUUUGGGCCACAAAAUCCGUCGGAUCCUGCUUAGGCACUUGUUAAUAAACACCUACAAUUUCUGCUUCAGUUAAUUCCUUGGUCAAUCUCUAAGUUUCUGUACCACACGAAUGUAGGGCCAUUUGGUAAUUUUUCAAAAGGUUUUUGUGUCUCGGAGUUAACUCAAUAUAUUCUGAUUUAUAAACUGUCCAACGUGAGUGUCGGCCGAAGCGAGCGGGGAUGCUGCGCGUGACUCCCCCAAAUGGAGAGGUGAAACCCAGUUAAGUCAAUACCCCAGUGAAGCAAUUCAGUGAUUUUGUUAAAUCGACCUCGCACGAUUACCCGACAAACUCAAAUAGAAAAGUUAUCAAGAUAUUACAGAGAUUACAUCGUUGUCAUCAUUUAUUUAUAUACUUACAGGAACAAACUCGACAACACGCAGUCACGAUAGUGGCAAUGGAAGAAAGGCUGUUAAGACUGACUCGGCAAAAUCGACAGUUGGAACAGGAGGCAAUGCACGCUAAACAGACCACAGGUUAG